AUGUGUGAGGUAGAUGUGUCGUCGGAACCUAGCAGCCCUACUCUGUAUGGCGAGUCCUCGGAUACCUAUUACCACGUGGACCGUUGGCAGAAACUUCGCACUGCUGUGCGCAAACUGGAGUUCUGGGAGAACUUUACAGCUGAACUUAUUGGGAGUGGUUUCUUUUCCAAGGUGUAUAAGGUGAUACACAGUACCACUCGUAAGGUGAUGGUGGUGAAGAUCUAUAAGAAUGACGUGGAUCAGGACAGCAUUGUCCGUGAGAUCAGCCUGCUACAGAAACUCUCCCAUCCCAAUAUAGUCAGGUAUCUUGGUAUCUGUGUAAAAGAGGACAAACUAUACCCAAUUUUAGAGUAUGUUAGUGGAGGCUGCCUAGAGGAGUUACUGGCCAGGAAAGAUGUGACCCUCAGCUGGAGAGAGAAAGUGGACCUGGCCUCUGACAUCACCAGAGGAAUGAUCUACCUGCACUACAAGAACAUCUACCACAGAGAUCUCAACUCAAAGAACUGUCUGAUAAGGGUGACAGCACGAGGCAGGGAGGCAUUAGUUACAGAUUUUGGUUUGGCCAGAGAAGUGGUGGAACUUCCUGCCAAAGACAGGAAAUUGUCCCUGGUUGGCUCUGCCUUCUGGAUGGCUCCUGAGAUGUUGCGGGGGGAGCCGUAUGACCGAAAGGUUGACGUGUUCUCUUUUGGAAUUGUGCUGUGUGAAAUUCUGGCCAGGAUUCCAGCAGACCCUGAGAUUCUUCCCAGAACUCAAGACUAUGGUCUUGACAUCGUAGCGUUUAGAAAGUUGGUGAGUGGGUGUCCACAACGUGUGCUGGAAUUAGCGGCUAGCUGUUGUCUGAUGGAGGCAUUCCGAAGGCCGUCUUUCACGGAGAUCCUGGAUGAAUUAUCCGAGGUUGCGGAGACCCUUGAAUCCCCAUGUGCAGAAGUGACCACAGGAUGA